AUGUCCAACAACGAAACCAUCCGUGAAGCCACCCAUGCCGGCUCCUGGUACACCGACUCCAAACCCCAACUCAGCUCGCAACUCGAAGGUUGGCUCGAUGCCGUCAAGCCGCCGGUGACUUGUAUUGGGCCGGAAUCUGAGGGCGAGACGGUGGGGGAGGUGCCUGUUCCUGGGGCAAGGGUGAUUAUUGCGCCGCAUGCUGGUUAUUCGUACUCUGGACCGGCUGCUGCAUGGGCGUAUAAGGCUUGGGAUAUUUCGAAGGCCAAAAGAGUCUUCCUCCUCGGUCCCUCUCACCACUACUACCUCACCAAAGCCGCCCUCUCCCGCUGCACACAAUACGAAACUCCCCUUGGCAAUCUCCCCAUCGACCGCGAAACCACCGCCGCCCUCCACGCCACCGGCCACUUCGAAUGGAUGAGCCAAUCCGUCGACGAAGACGAGCACAGUCUCGAGAUGCACCUGCCGUACAUCUACAAAAUCCUCUCAAAAACCUUCGGCUCCAACCCCUCCACCUUCCCACCCCUAACCCCAAUAAUGAUAGGCAACACCUCCGCCUCCACCGAGUCCGCCCUCGGCCGCCUCGUCGCCCCCUACCUCGCAGACCCCACCACCGCCUUCGUCAUCUCCUCCGACUUUGCCCACUGGGGCCUCCGCUUCCGCUACACCCACUACCGCCCCACCCUGACCGACCCCUCAAGCGCCACAAACCUCUCCUCAUCCUCGAAAUCCCCCUCCUCCCCAGCAAUCCACGAGUCGAUCAAAACGGUCGAUUUCGAGUGCAUGGGCGCCUGUGAGGGCGGAAGUCAUAGGGAGUGGUUGGGUGUGCUGGAGCGUACGGGGAAUACGGUUUGCGGAAGGCAUCCGAUUGGGGUUGUGAUGGCUGCUGUGGAGGAGGUGAGAAAGGAAGGGGGUGGGAAGGAGGAUGUGGGGAGGUUUCGGUUUGUGAGGUAUGAGCGGAGUAGUGAGGUGAGGCGGGUAGGGGAUAGUAGUGUUAGUUAUGCGAGUGCUUUUGCCGUGGUGUGA